GACCCAAAUAAAGACACGGAGUGGAAUGACAUCCUGCGCAAGAAAGGUAUCCUUCCUCCAAAGGAAAACCUGGAGGAGCAGGAGCGUGCAAAGGAAGAGGAGCAGCUUGCCAUUCUUCAGAAGUCUCUUGUGAAAACUUAUGAGGACAUGACUCUGGAAGAGCUAGAAGAGAAUGAAGAUGAAUUUAAUGAGGAAGAUGAGAAAGCUAUUGAAAUGUACAGGCAGCAACGGUUAGCAGAGAUGAAAGCAACUCAAAUGAAGAAUAAAUUUGGGGAAGUUUUGGAGAUUUCGGGAAAAGAUUAUGUUCAAGAGGUUACAAAAGCUGGAAAAGGUAUCUGGGUAGUCCUGCACCUCUACAAACAAGGAAUUCCACUCUGUGCCUUAAUCAAUCAACAUAUGAGCGGGCUUGCAAGAAAGUUCAGAGAUGUGAAAUUCAUCAAAGCUAUCUCUACCACCUGCAUUCCCAACUACCCUGAUAAGAACCUGCCUACGAUAUUUGUCUACCUGGAAGGAGACAUCAAAGCUCAGUUCAUUGGGCCCCUGGUGUUUGGUGGCAUGAACCUGACAAGGGAUGAAUUGGAGUGGAAGAUUUCGGAGUCGGGUGCCAUCAAGACAGACCUCGAGGAGAACCCCAGGAAGCAGAUCCAGGACCAGCUCAUGUCUUCAGUCAGGGCAUGUGUCCCAGCUAGGGGGGAGAGUGACUCAGAGGAUGACUAAGUCCUGCAAUGGCAUCAAGAUUGAUAGAGUAUGCUUCCCACCUAGAGCACUGGAGACUCUCAUCAAGAUCUCGCUGAGCCCCAGAAGGGCGGAAUUUCAAGACAGCCAUUUAUCUAGAAACUUCUAGAAACCAGAAAGGUUUCUUUUU